AUGCUCUCCUCCAUCAAAUGGCCCUUCCUCUCCUCCUCCUCCUCCGAGGAAAAGAAACCCACACCCCACCCUCACAUCCAACCCCACAAGCCCAUCCAAACCAAAUACGUCUCCCUCCCCGUCGACAUCCCCCCCUCUUUCCUCUCCCUCACCCCCGACCCGGCCCUCGUCCCAGACGCAAAACCAAUCACCUUCCACCCCCUAGACUGGACCUCAACCGCCAUCCCCGAAAACAAGGGGAAGCUAGCCUUCAUCCUCGAAAACGUCCUCUCCCCUUCGGAAUGUGGCCAACUGAUCGAGUACGCAGAGGAAUCAGUACCGCUGGAUAGCCCGACCGCCGCCUCUGGCGCAAACAACGGACCCUGGAGCCCGGCGCUGGUGAAUAUGGGCCCAGGAUUCGAACUUUAUGAGCCGAGCUACAGGCGGAGCGACAGGAUCAUUUGGGAUACAAAAGAAGUCGCGGACAGGAUUUGGGAGCGGUGUUUGAGUGUGGAGGGGUUGAGGAGGGAGAUUGAGGUUAUACAGGGGCAUGAGAGGAUCAAGAAGGUGACGGGGCGGGGGGAGUGGCACGGGGAUGGGGGGAGGGGGAGGUGGGUGAUGAGGAGGAUGAAUGAGCGGCUUAGGUUUCUGAGGUAUGAGAAGGGGGGGUUUUUCCAGCCGCAUUGUGACAGUGCGUAUUAUGCUUCGAUGGAUAAGGAGCAGGUUGUCAAGACGUUGCUUACGGUGCAUAUUUACUUGAACGAUUGCAAGGCUACGGCCGAGGACCCGGACAGUACUGAGUUGGUGGGCGGGGCGACGACGCUGUUUAGCUCGGAUGAGAAGAGGAGGUACGAUGUCGAGUGCAAGGCGGGGAGGGUGUUGGUUUUUCAGCACAGCGCCGUGCUGCACUCGGGGGAUGAGGUGAAGCAGGGGGUCAAGUUUAGUGUGAGGAGUGAUGUUUUGUAUUUCUCCUUUCCCGAUGUAGUCUCUUAG